CGCCCAUUGAAUGAACAUGGCGGCUGCUGCUCCGACCACGAAUCCGUCUCAGCUGCUCCCACUUGAGCUUGUGGACAAAUGUAUCGGCUCCCGGAUUCACAUCGUCAUGAAAACCGACAAAGAAAUCGUCGGCACCCUGCUGGGUUUCGACGACUUCGUCAAUAUGGUCCUAGAAGAUGUGACAGAAUUUGAAAUCACACCAGAGGGACGGAGGAUAACCAAACUGGACCAGAUCCUCCUCAAUGGCAAUAACAUCACCAUGCUCAUACCCGGAGGAGAAGGUCCUGAAGUAUGAGAAGAGAGUCGUCAUUGAAGAGUUUUUAGGCGUGGAUUUAAUUUCCUGUUGUGUUGAGUUUAUAUCGUUUUUGUUUUUUGGAUCAUUCCUUCGUGAGUGAGGAAAAUAUUUUUGUAAGAUUCCCAAAUUGAGUAUUUGUUAACUAUCAUGAAUCACACAUGACAAAAAACUUUCUUUCUUUUUUACAAAUAAAUCAUUUGAAAACACAA